AUGCCAGAAGUUAUCAUUAACGAUCAAAAGGCUAAAGAAAAGAUGAAGAAAUACGCAGACAAAACUAGAAAUACUGGUAAUAUAAUAAUAUCAUACAACGAAGAAGGAACAAGUUCAGCACACCUUUCGAACCGAUACCAUACAUCGUAGAAGGAGCCAAUGGAACAAUGAUCACGCCAACGACCGAUCAAAGACGAAUAACGAGAAACAGCUCCUACUACAACUCUACAAGAAAGUCAAAACAACAGAUUAUGUACAUACGGAACCAACAGAUGAUCAAGUGCCUUGGAAUUUUGAAGCAGACGUGGGAAAUGGAAGCAUUUCAGAAACAGAAAUCAACACUUAUCUACCAGAAACCGAGCAAAUUGUUGAAGAGGAAUCCAGUCAAUCCACUGAGUCCCAACCAGUCUCGAUCAGACGAUCAACCACCAGCUAAUUUGCAUGUGGAGAAGUGGACGGUCUCGAAGAAAACCAGUGUGGACAAAAGACUACUAGUUAUAUUAGGAUAA